GCUGACCAUGUUUGUGUAUCUCGUCAUUACCAUGAAACUGUUCUCCUACUACCAGGUGAAUCGCUGGCAUAGGGAGGGGAACCUCAGAUCUGUCAGAGGAAGUGCCAGGAUGCAAGCAGAAUGUUCCAGCCAUCACUCUAGAAGGAAUGAAAGAGGACAGUCAAAGCAGAUUGUGUACCCAAUGAACCUGAAAGUAAAAGACUUGUAUUACUUUCUGCUGGCUCCAACCCUUUGCUACCAGCUGAAUUUUCCACGGCUAAAACACUGCAGACAUGGCUAUAUCAUUAAAAGGCUGUUUGAAAUGGUAUUUCUCUUUCAUCUCAUGCUGGGGCUAAUUCAGCAGUGGAUUGUACCAAAUAUACAUAAAUCAAUGAAGCCCAUAACUGAAAUAGAGUCUACCUUGCUUACAGAAUACAUCCUGAAAUUAGCGGUGCCAAAUCAUUUCAUCUGGCUGAUAUUUUUUUAUUGGUACUUUCACUCCUGCCUCAAUUGCCUUGCAGAAUUGCUGCGAUUUGGAGACCGGCAAUUUUACCUAGACUGGUGGAAUGCAGACUCAGUCUUACAGUUCUGGUCCAGAUGGAAUGUCCCGGCUCACAGAUGGCUAGACAGACACGUCUACAGGCCCUUACUGCAUCACGGUUAUGACAAGUGGCAGGCCCGGCUGGCUGUGUUUCUGCUCUCUGCGUGUUUCUUCGAGUAUCUAAUCGCCAUCCCACUGAAGAUGUUCCGGUUUUGGAUGUUUAUUGCUAUGCUGUCUCAGAUCCCACUGUCUUGCCUGUUGAAAUGGCUUUUUGGUGGCAGCUACGGUAAUAUCCUCAUGUGGAUCAGCCUGGUUCUGGGGCCCCCUCUUACAGUGCUCCUGUAUUUCCAUGACUAUUACAUCCUCCACUACCGGAAGGACUCAACUUGGAGACUGUUUUUCUUCUGACAUGCCCAGAACCUAGUUGCCCUGUACUUCCCAUCUUCCUUUCUACACAACAGAUGUAACAAAGCGUACCUUGAAGUACAACCCCAAGUUUGAAGUACCCUCAUCUUUAAUAUGGAAGGAUGUACCUAGAAUGUAAAACUUGGCCUGGCUGCAGAGCUGAAGACAGAGAAUUGCAGGCUGGUCUCUGUCCAUAUUGAAGGUGAGUGAGCAGAGCAGAGUUGUGAGAGUUACAGGGAUCUUUGCCUUUUAGUCACCUCUCAUGUAAAAGUUUUUUCUCUGCACAAGGUCCCGGGGCUAUUGAGAAACAGCUCUUCCACUGAAAAUUCUGCUGAAUAUAAAUACAAGCUGUAACAAAUGCUUCU